UUAAACUCCACUCACAUUCACUUCAAUCCAGGAAAGUCUACAUGUAUUUGAAGUUUGGGAAAUGAACAAUAAUGGUAAAAUAUGAAUUGAAUUUUAGGUGGGUCAGCACACAGGUGGUAAUGAAUCGCUGGCGGCAAUCCGUGGUGGAGAUCCAAUCCAGAAAGAGAGAGGUGAACGAAUGCGAGCAGGCGCAAGCGGCCUUGAGCAAGGUGACGGGAUGCUUCCAGCAAAUGGCCACCUCUCUGGGGACCAACGCAGAUGGCAGCUGCCUUAGAGAAGAACUGGAAGAAACCAGGACACUUGCUCAUCGAAUAUGCACAGGGCUUCACAUGAGGUUACUUGCUCUACUGAUAGAACUAGAACAAGGACAGGAGGACAAAGAACAGGUCGAGCGUCUUUGGGUGAUCUUCCUCUCCAGCUUGGAAAAUUUCCAGCAAGACCUCCGAAAGGUCAGAAUCCUGCGUGAGUUUUUCCCCCUCACCCAACCCAAAGAUCGACAGGCCCUCGUGAACACGGGACUCACAGGCAGCACCUCUGAAGUAGCGGCGCGGGCGGCCAUGGUGCAGACCCCGUGGUUUUCCGCAGAGGAGACGACGUGCCCGGACCUCAAAAGUCAUGUGGAAGAGAUCGACGUUCUGCUGGAGGAAAUGCUCCAGAGAGUGAACGUGCCACUGUGGUCGGUUGAACCCACACAAGAAGCUUCGGUUGAGGGCUGUUCCGACCAAGAUAUUAUUGAUGAUGAUGAGAGCCUGGAAGAGAUGAUGGAAGUAGAAGUUGUGUCUCAAAAGAACACAUCAGGCUGUUGUCAUCACCAAAACUGUAAAGUGGGAUGUCUGCUAUGUCUGCUGAGCUAG